CUUCCUCUUUUCCUCAGUUACACUAAAUAACAUGGCCGUUACCAAGACUGGAUCCGCUACCAAGAAGUCUGAGACUCGCAAGUUUGUCAUCGACUGCUCUGGUCCUGCCUCUGACAAGAUCUUUGAUGUCGCUGCCUAUGAGAAGUAUCUUCAUGAUCACAUCAAGGUCAAUGGCCGUACCAACAACCUUGAGGACCAAGUCAAGAUUGUCCGUGCCAACGACAAGAUCACUGUAACUGCUUCCAUCCACUUCUCCAAGAGAUACCUCAAGUACCUUACCAAGCGUUUCCUCAAGAAGCACCAACUUCGUGACUGGCUCCGUGUCAUUGCCUCUGACAAGCAGACUUACCUUCUCAAGUACUACAAUAUCAACCAAGGUGAAGAUGAAGAAGAGGAUGACGAGGAAUAAGUGCCUACUGCCUUCAUGGUUUGAACUCCCCUUUCCCUUCUACGUUUGUAAAUAGCCUUCUUCCAUUCCACCUUUUUCCUUAUCUACAUUUAUAUUCCAUAAACCAAAACCCACGGGCGUGAUGACAAUGCAGCCCUGGCAAUUUGCCUAAAUCACAAUGUCUGACGAUUAUAUCGCUCAAGUUCAUUGAGCCAUCAUCUGAUGAUGAUGAAUGUGUUAGAAGUAUGGACCGAAUAUUUUUUUGUUCCUGAGAUAAUUGAAUUACUUUGUUGUGUCUUCAAGGUAGGUUAGCUUCAAAGUGCUUUUGCACAAUAUGCAUCGUC